UGAUGCAUUAUUUCGAACGAGUGGAGGCGAUGCGCGAGAUUCAAUCUUCGGAACCAAUUUCCGAUCGGAAUCCCGCGUAUGACAAUAAUGAAGCGAUGUACGGUGACGAAGCCCGAGCCCGGAGAAGGUAGGUAGGUACAGUACGUACCGAAUAGCAAGCCACAGCUAGACCCCGCAAAAAAUACCGACGAGAAGAAGAAAAGCGACGAGCCCAACAUCAUGGCGUCUUCGUUGGCGCGGACGGGUAGGGCGCUGGCUCGUCGACCGGGCUGUAUCGCUCGGCCCUCGCCAACGAGGCUGGUCGUCGCACCGGGUCGCGCGCGACAGGCGAGCAGUCGGGCUCUUCCUUCGCAGCAGAGCGUCAGUUGGCAGACCUUGAUCACUUCUGUGCUGGUUGCAGCGGCAGCAGCAGGAGGGCUCAGUGCAUAUCUACUGCGACAGCCCCAAAGUGCUUCUGCGACACCCAAAAAGGAGCGCGAUCUGGAGGGCUAUCUGGCCGAGCUGGCUCAGGAGCAUGGCUUUGGCGAGUCGCAGAUCGUCACUGAUGCCUCGGACCUCGACACGCACGGCAAGUCGCCCUGGUCCUACCACCCGGCCCACAAUCCCUCCGCAGUCGUAUACCCGGAGCGCAUCGAGCAGGUCCAGGCGCUGGUCAGGCUCGCGCACCGGUAUGGCAUCACACUCGUUCCCUUUGCUGGUGGUACGUCGCUCGAGGCGCACUGGGCCACACCCGAACAUGGGCGGGAUGGUAAACGCAAGAGGACAGUCGUCAGCGUCGACUUCGCCCUCAUGGACCGCAUCGGCGAUGUCAACGUUGACGAUGGCGAUGUCGAAGUAGAAGCUGGAGUCAAAUACGAGGACCUCAAUGACCACCUCAAGUCGCUGGGGAUCCCGCUCUUCUUUCCCGUUGACCCGGGUCCAGGCGCGGCUAUCGGCGGCAUGAUGGCGACGGGCGGCAGCGGGACGGGCGCGGUACGCUACGGCACCAUGAAGGGCGACUACGUGCUCAACGCCACCGUGGUACUACCCAACGGCGAAGUCAUCAAGACGAGAUCGCGCGCGCGAAAGUCAUCGGCAGGCCCGGACCUCACCAAGCUCUUUCUCGGCUCCGAGGGCUGUCUGGGCUUCAUUGUCAAAGCCACUUUGCGCUUGGCUCCGUUGCUUCCCACAAGCAUCGCCGUCGUGCCAUUUCCCAGCGUGAGGGACGCAUGCUCGGCCGCGCAGAACAUCCUCGCCCAGGGCGUCGGCGUCCAGUGCAUCGAGCUGCUCGACGACACGAUGCUCCAGGUCAUCAACCGUGCCACUGCUGCAAACGACGGCCCGAGCACCAGCACCAGCACCACCAGCAGCAGCAGCAGCAGCAGCAGCAGCAAAGGCGAGAUCCGGCACCUGGAGAAGCCGUCGCUGUUCAUCAAGCUGCAGGGCAACGACGUGCACCGGCGCGAAGACGAGCGGCGGGUGCGGGCGAUUGCUGCCAAGUGGGGCUGCCGCGACCGGGACAUCAAAGUGACGCACGACGAAGCGAGCAACGAGGCGCUGUGGCGCGCCCGCAAGAUCGCCCUCUGGAGCGCAAUCGAGGGUGCGCCCGGUGGGGGGCAGGGGAAAAAGUGCUGGACGACGGAUGUAUGCGUGCCGAUUUCAAAGAUGGCCGACCUGUUUGAGUGGGUACGCCAGGAGACGACAAAGAACAACCUCUUUGGACCCCUCGUGGGCCACGUCGGCGACGGCAAUGCACACUCGCUCAUCGUCUUUCAAGACGGCGACGAGGCAGAGUUCAAGCGUGUACAGGCAUUUGUCCAUCGCAUGGUUGACUCGGCACACGAGCUCGAGGGCACCUGCACGGGAGAGCACGGCAUCGGACGGGGCAAGCGCAUGUACCUCAAGCGCGAGCUGGGCGAGGGCUCACUGCAAUUGCUGCACUCGCUCAAGGACAUCAUCGACCCGAGCGGCAUCAUGAACCCCGGUGCGCUGCUGUACGAGGACGCAGCAGAGGAAGAAGCCGAGAAAGAGGAGGUCGACUCCAUCCAUGCAGAGCAACAUUGACACCCUUCCCACCCAAGCCAUGACGAACAGUGAUGAUACUUCUCAAUGCAACAAUGGCAAUUGCUGCAAUUUCUUGAUUUUGUAACUGAGAAAGUUGAGAUGAUGGUACAAAUCACAAGCACUACAC